UACAUGAUGAAGGAGGCAAUAGAGAGAGAGAUUACAGAAAUAUUCGAGAAGGAUGUGACCCUGAAGGCAUAUUUCCGAGGCUGUACAUUGCUUACCUUGAGGGCUGGCAGUGUGAUGGCAGAUGUUCAAUUAUGGAUGAGUCCCCAGUUUACUGGAAGUCUUUCCGACAUGACAAGAAGCUUCAUAGAUGGCCUCAAUAGCACUAAUGACGGCGGCACAUAUCUCGGGAGUUCACUAAGGGUAACAACCCCAACUGUCUCAGAUUACAAUGAAUGCGAAAACAACGACCAGAAUUGCCACAGAGAUGCUGAAUGUGUUAACGAAUUGGGGAAGUUCUCUUGUAAAUGCAACGAUGGAUUUGAUGGUGACGGCGUUUCUUGCAAGCCGGGAUUUGUGAAGACGUUCUGGUGGGUGGUGAUACUGCUCGGACUGGUUCUUCUUGUUGUCAUCAUCAUCAUAGCCAUUCUCAUCAUCAGGAAGCCCAAAUACGAUGCCAGGUACGGUCUGGAGGAUGACGAGACAAAGCUAUCUCGGCGUUCAAGUAACGCCACCAGUAACUUGUCUUACCGGGACGGUGACGUGUACUACCGAGACACUCGUAGCCAGGUGCGCUCCAUGGUCAUCAGCCCGAAUGAGAGCUCCAAGGGCAACCUCGGCAGGAAUAACCCGGUGUACGAGGGCGAGGAGAGUGGUGAUACCAUUGCCAUGGGAAGCGUGAGCCCGGCGGAUAAUGGCAGCGCGAAGUACGGUGACACGAUUGACGAUAAAGAUCAAAUGUAAGAUACUCUAAGAAAAACGUCUAUUGCAGCCAAUAUUCUACAUCGUGGGGAGGAGCUAAAACUAAAACUAGAUAUCACAUGCACCUUAAAAGACUGGUCAAUUGCAGCCAUCUUAAUACAACCCAGGGAAGCCUGGGAACUAGAGUCGCAUGCUGUAGACUUUAUAUUAUUGACUAUCCACUAAUCCUGACCGAAGAGAGCAGAGUACUCGAACAUCCACAACAAACAGGAAAUGCUUGCUCUUACACAGACGUCUGUAGUUAGAAAAUCUAAGCUCUGCGCCAGGUAUCAUGGGAAGGGUAGAUACGGAAAAGCAUUUCGGGAAGGGUUCAAUCCCAUCAUGCCUUGCUUACACGUUUGAGGUCCAAAGGCCAGGUGGCGUAGCUUAUUUUGGUAAAGAGAGCUUAAAAAAAGUAAAGAUGUAUUGUCACGUUAGGCAUUUCCGUAUAAGUGGUUAGUUUUACAAUAUAUGAGAACAAAUUGGUGGUCGGGUUUUUUUAGUUUCAUUAUUUUGUGGUCGUCAUGGAAAUAAUAAGUAGUUUCGUGAUUAAGCGGUCAUAAAAGGAAGCUGAGUAAUCAAUAGUAGAAAAGAUGGGAAGCAUUGACGUGAUUUAUUGUAGUUAUCAAAAAGAUAGGUUAUCGUAAGUCUUCAGAAAAAAAUUCAUUGAUAAAUGAUGUGGUACCGGGAAAAUACCACCGUUUUGACAUCUCAAUUAUUUCUUAAUUCUCGUCCCUCGCCCCUGCUAGACCAAAAACACCUUCACGCGAUAAGUCUUAGAAAUAGCCGGACUUGGGCGUUCCAAGUAAUAUUUCGGAUUGAAGAAAGCAUUUUUAAAGAGAUUCAUUGCGUGUGAACUCCCGAUGCAAAAAAUAAUCAUUGGCCCUAUAAUCAAAAGGAAACUUGUCAUAUUUAACACGCCCAUAAACUGACAAAGGUAACUAAAGUUUACAAAACUAUAAAAUUGCGGCGCGGACGUGGUUUGCCGUUAUGGUCCGAUCCAAACUAUCAUGUGCUUCUCUCACGCUGUGUUAUCGUCUUGUUAUCAUCUCGACAACAUCUCUCGACAACAUCCUUGUCAAGAGGAAUAAACCGGUACCUCCCACGAAGCGGUUGCUAGUCCUUCAUCAACCCCCUCGACAGUAUUACGAUAAAUUACAUAUGUCAUUUAGGCACAAAAGUGGUACGACAGAGAAAACAUUCUGGUGCCGGCUGGGUAUGGAAGGGUAUUGUUUUCCAUGGCUCAAAAUGCACGAAAAUUGUAGAAUUUUAUUUGAUAAUCACAAAUACUUUAAUAUAAGGCAUGUAAAUCAAACAUAUAAACAUUAUAAAAUUAACGAUAAUAACAAA